AUGGCCCCAUCAGAAGUAAAUAAAAAUAAUGAGAAACAAGUUCUAUUGAAUAUUAGAAAAACUCACAUAAUUAAUAAAGCUAAACAGAAACCUUUCAAGUUAGGAGAUACAGUUAGAAUCACGAGAUAUAAAAAUAUUUUCGAAAAAGGAGAUACACCAAAUUUUGGAACCGAAAUUUUUGUAAUUCGUUAUGUGAAAAAAACUCCUCAAGGUUAUAUUUAUAAAUUAAAGGAUUUAGAUGAUGAAGAAAUCACAUCAAUUUUUUAUCAAUAUGAAUUAAUACUAACAAAGAAACCAUCUCUAUAUAAGAUCGAUAAGAUCAUUAAAACAAGAAUAAAUAAACGUACAAAGAAAAAAGAAUAUUUUGUUUCCUGGGUUGGUUAUCCGUCUAAAUUUAAUCAGUGGAUUGAUAAUGUCGAGUCAAUCUGAUGAAUAUUAUAUUGAAGCUGUUUCCAACGCUUCUAUGGAUCUUUUCCCUGAAAAUACUCUGACUAAAUUUACUAAUCGAUUGCAUCAUCCAAUCAAUCUAAUAGGAGAAUGGGUUGUAGCUAUCCAUGAGAUAUUUUAUCCCGUUGAUUUAGUGAUUGAUAGAAAAGAAAUUUAUCUCACUUUAGAAUUUCCUGAUGGACAAAGAAAAAUCAAAUUCGAAAUAAAUGAAAUUGAUGGUUUAGAAGGUGUGAUUCAUAACAUCAACACAAGAUUAAAAGAAAUUUAUGAUGAAGUGAUUUCCGUUAUUCCAGCAAAAAUUGCUAAAAGAGAAAGUGAUAAAUUUGAUCCAACAGACGAUACAAAAAUGGAUACAUUAAAACUUCUCGCUAUUACAGAUGAAGAAAUGGAAGCGAUGGGAUCAAAUGUCUAUCGAAGAAAAAUUCAAAGUUUAAUUGGUCGAAUCGCAGCGGAAAUUGAGAAAGAAGAGGAGGUUAAGAAACAAAAAAUUCUCGAAAUGAAUCAUAAGAAAACUAUUCAACAAUUAAAACAACGUAUCGAAAUCGAAGAGCAACUUGAAGAAAAAAAGGUGAAAAUUAAAACUAAAGAAACAGAAAUUAGCGAGAAAAAUGAUAUAAUCGCUAAUCAAAGAACUACAAUUGAUACCCUGAGGGAGGAAAUUAAAGGGCAUGAAACAAAAAUUUCCGCUAAGGAUCAAGAAAUCUUGAUGUGUAAAAAUGCAGCAGAUGAACAGAAUAAAAUUAAAACAACUUUUGAUGAAGUCUUUCAGCGUUUAGAUGAUGGUAUAUCAAAAUUAAUCGAAAUUAUUGAUACACAAACAAGCAGAAAAGCUACGGCGGAAGUUGAUAUCCUAAAAUACAAAAACAGUCUGACCAUUGAAAAUGAAAAACUUGAGAAAUUAACUCAAGAGAUUAAAGAUAAAGAAAAUGAACUGAAAAAAGCUAAUGAAAAAUUACAUACACUAAUAAUAACUAGUAAAUCUGAUAAUAAAUCGAAUGAAAAGAUUGAGGAGAUCAUAACAAAACCUGUUGAAGAGUUGAAAAAAGUUAAUGAAAAGUUAGAUGAGAUUAUAUCAAAACCAGAUGAAGAGUUGAAAAAAUUAAAUGAAAAAUUAGAUGUUAUUGCGUCAAAGCCCGAAGAAGAUUUGAAAAAGGCUCAUGCUAAAUUGGAUAUUUUAUUAGCAUCAUCAGGUUCCAAUCCUAAAGUGGUUGAUUUACAAUAUGAAAUAGUUCGAACAUUGAGCGAUAUUAUUCGAGCGAAAAAUGAAUCAUUUAAUACAACUCAAUCAUUUGCAUUUGCAUUACAAAGACAAUUAAUGGACUCUGAAAGAGCUUUGGUAAAUAGCAAGAUCAUAAUUGAAUCGAAAGAGAAACAACUAACCGCUGAAAGAGAAAUGAAAAAACUUCAACAAGAUGAAGCAGAUCGACGUCUCGCGGAUUAUGAAAAAGUGAUUGCUGAAAAAAAUAAAAGAAUUGAAGAACUUGAAAAAGAAAAGACUGAAUUAAUAGCUCAAAGAGACUCGGCAAACGGUCAAAUUUUAACCGCUUUGAAUGAGAUUUCGAAAUUACAAGCGGAAAUAAAAGAAAUAAAAUCAAUUACCAAAACAAUGAAUGAUGCUCUUCAAACAGAGAUCACAACAAAUCGUGAACAGGAUAAAAAAGUUCAAGCAGAAUUAGAUGAAAUAAAAACCUCGAUCGAAAAUAUUGAAAAAAAUAUUGAGAAAUUGACUGUUAAACGGAAAAAAGUUGCGAAAAUUAUUGAUAAUUCAAUUGAUAUAAAUGAACCACCAGAAAUUGUAUUGAAAGAUGACCUGAUCACUAUCAAACGAGGCAUGUACGAAGAUCGAAAGUUUAUUCCAAAGUUCGAUGAUCCUUUAAUGUUAGAAACAUUUGGGUUUAGUUAUGAUCCCUCACCAGUGUUACAUACACAGAAAAAAAUCACUGCAAGAAAAACUGUUGAUUUAAAUUAUGGAUCUCAUUUAAUUUAUGUUUAUUCCGAUAUUGUUGCUGAACAUUUUGUUGGUCAACAAUCUGUACGAGUCCUCCGAGUUGUUCCUCUCAAAAGAGGGAAAAGUCAUGAUAUUGUUCAUGAAAGAUUUGUUAAGCCACUUUAUUUCCCAGUAAGAACAAAUAGAAUCGAAGAAAUAAAUUUCAUUCUUGGUGAUGAAACUGGAAGUUUAGUUAGAUUUGCUUCCGGUAGAGUUCAUAUUGGUCUACACUUGAAACGUAUUAUAUAA